ACGUCUCGGAAAACGGCAGCGAGGAGAAGAUGGCGGAGGGAGGUAAUGAUGCGGAGCUACUCAAGGAGAAGGCGAAUAAGUACUUCAAAGAAAAAGACUACGAAAAUGCUAUCAAAUACUACUCAGAGGCCUUGGACCUCAAUCCAUCCAAUGCCAUCUACUACAGCAACCGCAGCCUGGCGUACCUGCGCACCGAGUGCUACGGCUACGCCCUGGCGGAUGCUACCAAGGCCCUGGAGAUAGACAAGAACUACAUUAAGGGAUAUUACCGGCGCGCCACCUCCAACAUGGCGCUCGGCAAGUUCAAGGCCGCACUGAAGGACUACGAGACGGUCGUGAGGGUUCGUCCAAACGACAAGGAUGCAAGGAUGAAGUAUCAGGAAUGUAACAAGAUAGUGAAACAGAAGGCCUUUGAGAGAGCCAUUGCCAGCGACGAGACAAAGAAAUCAGUUGUCGACUCUCUGGACAUCGAAAACAUGACGAUCGAAGACGACUACGUCGGCCCCAAGCUUGAAGACGGAAAGGUUACGUUGAAAUUCAUGCAGGAGAUGAUGGAAUGGUUCAAAGAUCAGAAAAAACUGCACAGAAAAUGUGCAUAUCAGAUUUUGGUGCAAGUUAAAGAUGUUCUGUCGAAGCUACCGAGCCUCGUUGAAAUCACGUUAAAAGAGACAGAAAAAAUAACUAUUUGUGGCGACACCCACGGACAGUACUACGACCUCCUCAACAUCUUCAAGCUGAACGGCUUACCGUCAGAGACCAACCCUUACCUCUUCAAUGGCGACUUUGUGGACCGCGGCUCCUUCUCCCUCGAGGUCAUUCUUACCCUUUUCGGCUUCAAGCUGCUCUACCCCGACGACUUCCACUUGCUCCGAGGUAACCAUGAGACGGACAACAUGAACCAGAUGUACGGCUUUGAGGGGGAGGUCAAAGCCAAGUACACAGCCCAGAUGUUCCAGCUCUUCAGCGAGGUCUUCCAGUGGCUUCCUCUCGCUCAGUGUAUCAACAACAAAGUGCUGGUAAUGCACGGGGGGCUGUUCAGUGAAGAUGGCGUCACAUUGGAGGACCUCAGGAAGAUUGAUCGGAAUCGACAACCUCCAGACUCAGGCCCCAUGUGUGACCUCCUCUGGUCAGACCCACAGCCUCAGAACGGCCGGUCGAUCAGCAAGCGAGGCGUGAGCUGUCAGUUCGGGCCCGACGUGACGGAGAGAUUCCUGGAGCAGAACAAGCUGGAUUUCAUCGUGCGUAGUCAUGAGGUCAAAGCUGAGGGCUACGAAGUCACUCACUCAGGAAAGUGCGUCACCGUGUUCUCAGCACCCAACUACUGUGAUCAGAUGGGAAACAAAGGAGCAUAUAUCCACCUCAGGGGAUCAGACCUCAAGCCAGAAUUUCACCAGUUCACUGCUGUGCCUCAUCCGAAUGUCAAGCCCAUGGCAUACGCUAACACGCUAAUGCAGUUGGGGAUGAUGUAGAGGCCGCGCCGAUCUGCCCGUGACGCCGCUGACCUCCCGUCGGACCCGAACCUUCCCCGCCGCCUCAUUCCCUCCAGCGCUCGGACAUGCUCUGGUUCAUGCUAAGCCUAAGGGAUCCCUCUCCCCUGCAACAACCCCCCCGCUAGUCGUGCGCAGAAAACGCGUGGUGUAGUUCACACGGGAAGAGAUCACUUAGACCAGCUCAAUCUAGAACUGGACAUAGUCUCUCAUGCUGCCGGUCGUAACUGGAAAGCCACCAUUAUGAUUUGACCAUCCGCCUAAUCAUGCGAUCCAUCACUUGGGUCAAAAAAAAACCAACCCUGAGGAUCCCCGGUCAGCCUCCUUCAAGGCCCUUUUUAAAUAUUUGUUUUGCUCAGCAGAUGGCAUCAAAUAGCUGGUAUGUACCAAAGAUCUGUAAUGAAAAUGAUUGUUGAGUGUUUUGCAUUGAGCAUCUUAACCUAGCAUCGUUACCAUUGGCCUCCGUAAAGAGUUUAGAGCUUCGUGAACUGGUCCAAGAGCAGCAUGUUCAACAGUGUUCCUCAAACCACUCAACGAUAUGCCAGUUUACUACAGAAACCGAUUACAUGUUUGAUUCCAGUAUGAAUAAAAAAUGAAAAAAAAAAAAAAAAGAGAUUUCCUGUCUCUGGGUACACUCUAAAAGGUGCUGUUUGCCACUAGUGGUGUAUUUUAGCUGGUUCAGUCAUGUAGCUGGUAACAUUUGUUUUGCACUUGCUGCACUGCUUCCUCUCUGGGGAAGGUACUGCUGCUCUCUGUGUUCAUCCCCGAUCGUCAUUGUGCCACUCACCCGACAGAUCCCGCACACUCUACUCUCCAAACUCGGCUUUGGUGUACAGCUAACACUGACGGCACUGAAGUCUGCAGUAUGUGUCCCGGUGACUUAUUAUCGACUCCAUAUGUGGAUUUCUUCAAUACAUAAACGUCCAAAAUGCAAUCCUAUCUUGAAACGCACAGCUGCAUUGUCCAAUGGCCCUCAACUUUUUAGAUAAAGAAGUACACUGAUGUGUAUGUAUAUAUACUGUAUCAUUUAAAGAUUCUGUGUAUUGUUUGGAGAAAAUUAUUGAAUAAAAAAAGCAAGUUCAGUGA